CCCCCCCAGCUCCUCGCCCAGUGAGCAGGUAUCGCGGGGCGGCAGCGCGCUCCUCCCCAGCCCGCGGUGCACUCGGUUUCGGAGCAGCGGGUCCGUGUCAAUCCGCUAAAUAUGAGACAACUUGACACAACUAUUCUUUUCUUACCUUGUCCAACCAGUAACCUCACGGACUAAUGGGGCUUAUUCUGCUGAGCCUGAUUCUCCGCUUCUGGAUCAGCAGCGUGGAAGGAUCAUGUUCGACUGGCAGCGCUGGGACUUGUGACCAAUGUCUGCAGCUCAGCCCUCACUGUGCCUGGUGCACACAGGAGAACUUCACAGACUGGUUCUCAGUCAGCGAAAGAUGUGACACACUGGAUAUCUUGGUGGAAAAGGGAUGUGCCAGGAGCCAGCUGGAGUUCCCCGUCUCCGAAGGUCAGAUCCUCCUUGAUCUCCCGCUCGGGAAGAAGACCGACAGCGCUAACAGCACCCAGAUCUCUCCACAGAAGAUGGCCCUCAAGCUGCGAGCUGGCAGUCAGGUGACGUUCCAGGUGAAGAUCCAACACACAGACGACUAUCCCGUGGACGUGUACUAUCUGAUGGACCUGUCAGCGUCCAUGAUCGAUGAUCUGGACAUGAUCAAAGACUUGGGCUCCUCUCUGUCUAAAGAGAUGGCCAACCUCACCAGUAAAUUUCGCAUGGGCUUCGGUUCCUUCGUGGAGAAACCUGUGCUGCCUUUCAUCAGUAUCACAGAGAAGGAGCUGGCCAACCCCUGCAGUGGCGUGGGCUCAACCUGCCUGCCAGCGUUCGGCUAUAAACACGUCCUGUCUCUGACGAGCAGAACCGACAAGUUCAACGAGAUCAUUGCGAAGCAGCGAGUGUCCGCGAACAUCGACCUGCCAGAGUGCGGCUUCGAUGCUGUCAUGCAAGUGGCCGUUUGUGGGGACAAGAUAGGCUGGAGGAAUGACUCCAUGCGUUUGCUGGUGUUCGUCAGUGAUGCCGACUCACACUUCGGGAUGGACAGUAAGAUGGCCGGCAUCGUGAUUCCUAACGAUGGCCAGUGUCACCUGGAUGUCAACAAUGAGUACUCCAUGUCCACGGUGCAGGAGUAUCCGACUCUGGGUCAGCUGAUUGAUAAAGUCAUGGAGAACAACAUCCUGCUGAUAUUUGCUGUGACGAAGGAGCAGACACACAACUAUAAGAACUAUGCAGAUCUCAUACCUGGCGCCACAGUCGGAGCCGUGGCGAGUGAUUCAAGGAACAUCCUGGAACUGAUUGUAACAGCGUACAAAGAACUGCGCUCCGAGAUCGAACUAGAGGUCCACGGAGACACAGAGGAGCUGCAGAUGUCCUUCACAUCCAUCUGCCCCAAUGGUACUGUCCUGCCUGACCUAAAACGCUGCUCCAACGUCAAACCAGGGGAGACGGUCGUGUUCAAUGUGACCGUGGAGCUCCCGGGAUGCCUGUCAGGAGUCCGGCACUUCUCCCUCAAAGCCGUGGGCCUGCAGGACAGCCUGGAGGUGGAACUGGAGUCUCUUUGCUCGUGCGACUGCCGGCAGCCUCCUGAAGCAAACAGCAGCCAGUGCAUCGAGGGCCUGGGGGAGUUCCAGUGUGGCGUGUGCGUGUGCCAGCCGGGGUUCCUGGGAGCGCAGUGCGAGUGCAACGAGGAGAGCAUUUUGUUGAGCAGCUGCCUUGCCAGCAACGAGUCCGCAGUCUGCAGCGGUCAAGGGCAGUGCUACUGCGGCCAGUGUGUGUGUCAUGCAUCCAGCUUCGGCCGCAUCUAUGGACCUUUCUGCGAGUGUGACAACUACUCCUGUGUUCGCUUCCGGGGAGAGCUCUGUGGAGGCCACGGAGUGUGCGACUGCGGAGAGUGUCACUGUCACAGUGGUUGGACGGGGGAGCACUGCAACUGCAGCACCAGCACUGAAGCGUGCAUGUCGGAGGAUGGCACUGUCUGCAGCGGCAGGGGGAAAUGCAAGUGUGGCCAGUGUGCCUGCGCUGUACCCGGAGCGUCUGGGGACAAGUGUGAGAAGUGCUUGACAUGUGGAGACGCCUGUAGCUCUGCAAGGAGCUGUGUAGAGUGUCACCUCCUAGAUAAGGACGACGCUGAGCACUGUGAUCAAAGGUGCAGCGUUCCUAAAAUGUCCAUCAACACAACAGAAGAUUAUGAAAAGACCUCCUCUUUGUCAUGCUCGCUGAUGACGGAGAACGAGUGCUGGAUCUCUUUUGAUGUGGUGGAAAGUGAGACAGGUACCACUGCCUACAACCUCCAGAUGUACGGGUGCCCGGAGCCCCCGAACAUCCCCAUGAUCAUCCUGGGAGUCUCCCUUUCCAUUGUGUGUAUCGGCCUGAUCCUGCUGGCUGUGUGGAAGGUGCUGGUGUCGGUGCACGACCGUAAAGAGGUCGCCAAGUUUGAGGCGGAGAAGGCAAAAGCGAAAUGGCAGUCGGGGACCAACCCUUUGUUUAGAAGCUCGACGUCCACCUUCAAAAAUGUAACUUACAAGAACACGCAGAGAGAAAAGACUAUAACCAUGAAUUCCUACUGAUGAUAAACUGGAGACUAUGCAAACCAACUUCUGAGUGCACUUAAGUGUGUGUGUAUGUGUGUAUCUGUCUGUGUGUCUGUAUGUGUGUGGAUAAUAGACUGUAUAUAAAGAUGGACGACAUCAAUGCUCCCCAAAAGUGAAGCCAAAGCAUCUUGAUUGCCCCCUGGUGGCCGCCUGCUUUACAGGUCAUAAUCUCUGCCUUAUCCAUUGUAGUGGAUGGUAAAUGGGCCGAACUAAAAGUGACAGUAUUAAUCAAAUAUGUUUUUUCUCAAAGAUGGUUUCUGUCAUUUUAGGUAGUUCUGAUCAAACAGAUGUUUAUUCAAGUGUUCACUUGAAUUGAGUUUGGAUUUAAUUAGUCAUUAGAUUCUAUAAAAACAGGGUUAAUGUCACGAUUCACAGCUGAGACUGAGUCACCAUUGGUUGAGAAUGUGUCUGGGCAGGACCUCGACACCGCUUCCUCUGGCUGCAAAUGCUCAAGAUGGCAGACUUUCGCUUAAUUUCUGUAUAGUGUAGAGAAGUGGAGACAUGUCGUCCAUCUUUAUUUACACUCUGUUGCGUGGAUCCAUCUCUGUGUUGAUUCAGAGAUGCCAGAACACAGUAGACGACACUGUGAAUGGAUGAACACUACGUGAUGAACUUGCUGCUGUCAAAGUGCACUGUCCAUGUUCUAAACACUGAACCCUCCUGUUGCAUGAUCCUGCAAACGCACUCUGAUGUUUGUCCACUGUAACAUGCAGCUUGAAAGGAGGAGUCUACACUACGAGUGGUCUACUACUGAAAAAUGUCCUUAGUUUUAAUGAUUGUAAAUAUACUGGUGGAUGAUUGUGAUUUUUUUAUUUUAUAUAUUGUGCUUGAUGUUUUAUUUGAAAGAAAGGCUGAGCCUUUAAUGUUUUUUAGUGACAUGGCACAUAAAUAAAGCAAAGUUCUGACUUAUUGUGAAAGGACUUCAGGGUUUCCCCCAGCACUAUCUUGUUAAGGCGGCCGCCUUAACAAGACUAGGGCCCCGCCUUGACUACCAAUGUACUGAAAAAAAUAUUGGUGAUUGGUCCGCUAACGCCAGCAUUUCGGAAUGGAAACUUCCUGUUCCAUUCCCUACAUCACAAUAAACCAAAAUCACAACUACGACUCUAUAAUUCGUGUGACAAGUGUGUUAAGCCAGCAGCGUUGUCCGGCUGACGGUGGCUGGUUAGAGCACUUACGGCACGUGUGUACGGUCACAUACUGUUAUAACGAACUUUCAUAACGUGGCUAGCGGGCUAACCACCAUGCUAACUGCGGUGGGAACAGCGCAAAAACCCGCUGACUUUAAUCCCACGGCUCAUGACACUCUUUCUCAAACACCGUCAGGUUAGAAGCAAACACUUUAGAUCGAUACUAACUAACGGUAGUAGUUAGUAUCGGGUGUCCCUGCUGACUGUGUGUGGAAGCUGGGGGGAAGCUAGCUGCCUCCGUGUAGCUUCAAGCUGUUGCAGCUGUUGAAUUAGCAACGCAGUUUGGAAACAAGACCGGGGAACCGCUGCGUUAAGACACGAUAACAUAAGCAUUAUGACCCGCUGGGUGUCACUUUAUUCAGCAAAAACUGUCGCGUCAUCAACAUCCUUUUUCUGUUAGCUGCCAUCGUUCACUGUGUGGGAGGAGCCGGGAGGACGUAAAUAAACCAGCGUGGACUUCUUCUUUAUACCUCAUGAGGUAGGCUUCUCUAAGCUCGACUUCAGUUGCGCCAUCUACUGUUCUGGCGGUGAAUUGUUUUCACAACAAAAAGGCUCGUAGAACUAUAAAUCAAAAAGGGUCCGUCCGCUCCGUCCGUCCAUCAGUCCGCAACGGACUCGGAGUAGCAUACAUUGGCCUUAAGCUGCGUAAAUGUCUAGUAAUAUCUCGAUUUUAAUUGGUCCAUGAAUGAUAUGUAACGUAAAGGCUUAUGUGGCAUACCAUUUACGUAAAAAAGGCACAAAGAAUGAUGCUUAUUUGCGUACAUGUUAAAUCAUACAGAAUCAGGUGCGCAUGCGCGAAAACUUUUUUUUUCUUGCCGUCCACAAUGAAUAGGCGGUUAAUUUGAACGGAAUCCGACAUCACAAACUGUCAUCUUCCGAGGCAGCUUGAUUUUUCUUAAAAACCGGCUUAAACCCUAUUUUGUAGUGUCUGCAUGUUUUCCACAACAUUUGUACCUACUGUUGUUUAUUUAUAUUGAAAUAAACAGUUGUUUAUUUCAUUCAUGCGUACUGGCA